AUGUCGACGACCGAUAAAUUGGCCCGAAAGGUCGAUGACCCCGACCUCUACGACUCCGGUGUUACCAAUGGUGAUGUGGACUGGCUCUUCAGAGGCAAAUCCAAGAAGCUCACCAAGAAAAUGAACUUGAACAAAGACAUCGAAAAGGACACAAAAGACCCGAAAGACUCUAAGGACUCCAAGGCGCCAGCGACGCCUGUACCUCCAGAGCCCUCCAGAGCAACAGAUUCUCCCAAACAACCAGUUGAGUCGUUGCCACCAACCGCACCUUCAUCACAGGACUCUCCCCAAGACCCUUCUCAAGAUCCUGCCAUUUCUCCCACAGACGCUCUGGGUUCCCGACUCAACAAGUUGUUCCGCCCACGUUCAGGCUCGCUCACCAAGGGCGACAAGAAGGAAAAACCCAAGGAAAAACCCAAGGAAAAAAAGUUCAAUUUGAUGAGUUAUUCUGUGCUUGGCGCCGGGAUACCCGUGAGCCCGCUCGCCACCAUGCCUGCCGCCCCACGUGUCCGGUCUCGGUCGCUGUCGGUAGGAUCCAAUUCGUCUGCCGCCUCAAAGGACAAAAAGUCGCUCUUCAGCUCACUCUCGUCCAAAUUCAAAUCGGUACCACCGUCGUCACCCACGCUGGUCGGCCCACAUGAGCAGGUGCCUGCUUCCGACGGGCUGCCCAAACUCAAUACCAACUUUUUCGGAAAAGACGAUAUUUCUCAGUUCCACGCCAAACCCCCAGCCGAGUUGAGCGGUAUUCCCAUUAAACGCAAAAACUCCGUCCAGGAACAGGUGGCCAGCUCUGCCGAUAAGCUCUCAUCGUCUGCCAACUCGUUCAACUCGUUCUUCAAACGACGGACUUCCACCUCAUCUGCUACCUCUCAGUCCAGCACCUGUCCACCGGGCCUGUCGCGCUUGGUGCUCAAUAAGAACCCCCACAAGGAGAAGAGUCCACUUAAAGAACUAGAGGGCGUGAGCUUGAAGCGCGUCAACUUCGCCAUCGACAAACUCCUUUUUGACCCCCAACAACAGAUUCCUCUGAGACGGCCCAAGAAAGGUAAUGUGUUGAUUCCUGAGGACUUGACGGCGCCACCGCCGCGGUUAUUGCAGGGAACCUCGCUCAAUGACUGUUCCAGCACCAAGGCGGGUGAAAACAAGUUCUCCGACAAGGAGUUGACGUUGGCGGUGGAGGCCCAGCGAAGAGCGUUGAUUGAGGCUGAAAAACAUGCCCAGGAGGCCCAUAUUUCUGCCAAACGCAUCGCUUUUGAGGUGAGCCAGUAUAAAAUUAAGCCCCGGCUCAGCCAAAUAACCACCGAGGAAACCGUGGGUGGGGCCUCCGAGUUGGAUGAGGAGCCAGUAUCGUCAGAGGGUCAGGAUUUUGGAGAUGCCAGGAAUAUCGAGAUCGAUAAACCGUUGCAUUUGCACGAAAAGCAUUUCGAGGAAGACACCUACCACCUGGAUGUGUCGAACCUCACGUUGGAGCAGAUUUACACUCGAUGCUGCCACUUGAGAGAAAUCCUACCGAUUCCUGCUACCUUGAAGCAGUUGAAGAACAAGUCCAAGCCGUUGUCGGUGUUGAAGCUCUUGAACCCCAAACCUACCCUCAUUGAUAUCUUGUCAUUCAGUGACUUUAUAGCCAUUGUGCCCAUAACCACCGUCAUCUUUGACAAUGUCACGAUGACCACCGAGAUGCUCAAGCAUCUUCUAGCGUCGUUGGCGUAUAACAAGUCGGUCGAAAAGCUUUCCUUGAGGAACGUGCCCAUCGAUAAGACCGGAUGGAAGUAUCUCUGUAGCUUCUUAUCGAGAAACCACUCGGUGAAGAAACUCGAUAUCAGCCAGCAGAGAAUCAAGAGUGACUUGAAGCCUUCUUUGAUCCGGUCCUCGAUGAACUGGGAUCUUUUCACCAAAUCGUUGGUCACGAGAGGAGGGACGGAGGAGUUGGUGAUCAACGGGUGUAAGUUGACGGACGAAGUGUUCAAGGAGUUGGUUGAGAAGGCUGUGUAUUUAUCGACCUUUAGACUCGGGAUAGCCAGUUGUGAGCUUAAUGGCUUCAAAACCAAUUUGGUGUGUGAAUGGUUGAAGAGCCCAGACUGCAAAUGUGUGGGAGUUGACGUUGCAUUCAAUGAUCUUAGCCAGGGCCAAUUGAAGUACUUUACGGACUGUUUCAACCACAGUAAUGUCAAGUUGAUAUUCUUCUCAUUGUACCAAACCAACUUGUCCAAUAUUGAGGAAACUGCGGAGUUACUAAAGGCUUUGACAAAGAUAAAGACUCUUCGGUUCUUGGACUUGUCUUCCUUACCCGACUUGUUUCCAGGGAUCAUUUCCAAACUAAAUGCAUAUUUGCCCAAGUUUGAAAACUUGAAAAGAAUCCAUUUUGACCUCAAUGACUUGACCAGCCAGUCGAUGAUUGCCAUUAGUGAAAUACUCCCCAAGGUAAAUGGGUUGCUUCACAUCUCUCUCUUGGGAAAUAGAAACUUAAACAACUCGGUGGCUGCAUCCAUAUAUAAUGCUAUCAAGAAGUCCAACUCGAUUUUUGCUCUUGAUCUCGAUUACGACUUGAUCAGUGACCAACUCAACCAGAGAAUGGCGUUCUACCUCAUGAGAAACAUGGAUCAUCUGAUCAAUGUGGAUCCUUCCACUGGCCAAAGAACAUCCAAGGACUACCAAAGACCCAAGGACCAAGAGGAAGAAGAGUUGAUGUUUGACGGAUCCUUAUUGAUGGAAACGGCUGAAAGGUUGUUAAGUGAAAAUGAAAACAGUUCCAACAAGGUGGAGGACAUACGAUUGAACAACAUCAUUUCCAACGCUUUAAUCGAGAGAACCAGAGAAUUAAGACAAGGUAUCCACAAGACUAUCGAUACUCUUUUCGACAAACGAAACACCGGAACUUUGUCUCUCGAAGGCAAAGAAAGCUUGUUGAGGUUUUGUUUAUUGGACGCCUCAUUGGAGAAACUAGUUCAUUUAUUUGAGGAACAAGCCAGUAAGUCUGGAGCCGAAGGAAUGAGCCCAUCGCCGUCGGUUGACGAAGAUCUCGCCAGCCCCACCACCAAAUUGUCCAAAUCCACCUCUUUAUUGAGCAAGAAGGACGGUCUUCCCACCAUUGAUUUGGGUGACAAGGAAUUGAUGCAUCAGAGUUCCACCGAGUUGAUCACCAGUGGACCUAUUUUGUCCCCUCGUAACACCGAGACCUUGAACAAAUUGGGAUACUUCCAAUCCAACAACGAGUCCUUAACGUUCCAGCCCCAUCAAGUGGUGGUGGAAUCCGAUUCUGAAGGCCAGACGUUCCCUAUCGACUACCUAACCGGAAGACCAGUUUUGAUGAGGUCCAUCUCCCAGACAUCCACUCACGCAAAGGAGCAGGAACUUGAAGAAGGUGAAUUCCACCGAUGGGGUUUUUUCAUGCAACAAAGGAACAACAGCAGCACCGACUUACAGAAUCAAACAAAAGAGGAGCCCAAGAAGCCCCAGAGAGAUCACAAGUCGUUGCCGACCUUGAAUGUCUUACCUUCAGGAGGAGAAUUACGAGAUGCGAUCAUUCGAGCCAAGGGGAUUGAGUCUAUCACCGAGUUGAUCGAUAAGAUCAAUGACGAUCGGGUAAGUUUGGAGAAGAUUUACUCGGUGGCAGACAAGAGCCAGCAGGUGGAGAUUGAAAGGCAGCUUGAAAGCCUUCGUCUUGAAGAAGAGAAACAUAAGAGCCAAGCAGAUGUUGAAGAUGACGCCGAAUCGAUUGACUCGAUGGGAAGCGGACAUGAGGUCAAUGCUGUUGUGGAUGAGGUUUAUGACAAGUUGUUGAAUGAUGCCGAAAGAGUCAGAUCCAAUAAGUAGGAUACAUAGGAUAAGUAUAGGCACACAAAUAUCUACAGUUGUUAGAUAAUCUUCAUACAUUGUACAAAA